AUGUCGGGCACUGUGUCCAUUCUCCAGCAAUUUGCCAAUGGCCUGAAGAGUCGCAGCGAAGAGACGAGGGCGAAAGCUGCCAAGGACCUGCAGCAUUAUGUCACCAUGGAGCUCCGUGAGAUGAGUCAGGAAGAAUCUACCAGGUUCUAUGAUCAGCUGAACCAUCACAUCUUUGAGCUGGUUUCCAGCUCGGAUGCAAAUGAAAGGAAGGGUGGCAUUCUGGCUAUAGCGAGCCUUAUUGGUGUGGAAGGAGGUAAUGCCACCCGUAUUGGCAGGUUUGCCAACUACCUGAGGAACCUCUUGCCAUCCAAUGACCCUGUUGUGAUGGAGAUGGCCUCCAAGGCUAUCGGGCGGCUUGCCAUGGCCGGUGACACCUUCACAGCUGAGUACGUGGAGUUUGAGGUGAAACGAGCUCUGGAGUGGCUGGGAGCUGACAGGAAUGAAGGUCGGAGACACGCAGCUGUUCUUGUCCUGCGUGAGCUGGCAAUCAGCGUGCCUACCUUCUUCUUCCAACAAGUGCAGCCAUUCUUUGACAAUAUAUUUGUGGCUGUGUGGGAUCCCAAACAGGCCAUCCGAGAGGGAGCUGUUUCUGCCUUAAGAGCCUGCCUUAUCCUCACCACUCAACGGGAGCCAAAAGAGAUGCAGAAGCCCCAGUGGUACAGACAUACAUAUGAAGAGGCUGAAAAGGGUUUUGAUGAGACUUUGGCCAAAGAGAAAGGAAUGAACCGUGAUGACCGAAUCCAUGGUGCCUUACUGAUCCUCAAUGAGCUAGUGAGAAUCAGCAGUAUGGAGGGAGAGCGCCUUAGAGAGGAGAUGGAAGAGAUCACUCAGCAGCAGCUUGUGCAUGACAAGUACUGCAAAGACCUGAUGGGCUUCAGUACCAAACCUCGCCACAUCACGCCCUUUACUAGCUUCCAGUCUCUUCAGCCCUCCCAGUCGAAUGCUUUGGCUGGUCUCCUGGGGUACAGUGCCCACCAAGGAAUCAUGGGUUUCGCAACCUCGCCUGUCCCAGCGAAGUCUACGCUGGUAGAAAGUCGCUGCUGCAGGGAUCUGAUGGAAGAGAAGUUUGAUCAAGUGUGCCAGUGGGUUCUCAAGUGUAGAACCAGCAAAAAUUCUUUGAUCCAGAUGACGGUUCUGAACCUGCUCCCGCGGCUGGCGGCGUUCCGCCCUUCAGCCUUCACAGCUGAUCAGUAUCUUCCAGACACCAUGAAUCAUGUUCUCAGCUGUGUGAAGAAGGAGAAGGAGCGAACUGCAGCCUUCCAGGCCUUGGGUUUGCUUUCUGUGGCCGUGAGGUCUGAGUUUCAAGCUUACCUGCCAAAAGUCCUCGAAAUCAUAAAAGCAGCUCUUCCACCAAAGGACUUUGCCCACAAGAGGCAGAAGUCUGUGCAGGUUGAUGCCACAGUCUUCACCUGCAUUAGUAUGCUGGCACGAGCCAUGGGACCCAGUAUCCAGCAGGACAUCAAAGAGCUUUUGGAACCUAUGCUGGCUGUGGGCCUGAGCCCUGCCCUAACAGCUGUGCUGUAUGACUUGAGUCGCCAGAUCCCCCAGCUAAAGAAGGACAUCCAGGAUGGGCUGCUGAAAAUGCUCUCCCUUGUUCUGAUGCACAAACCUCUGCGACAUCCAGGCAUGCCAAAGGGCCUUGCCCACCAGCUCGCCUCCCCUAGCCUCACCAACAUCCCAGAGGCCAGUGAUGUGGGCAGCAUCACCCUUGCCCUCCGGACGCUGGGUAGCUUCGAGUUUGAAGGCCACUCCCUGACGCAGUUCGUUCGGCACUGUGCAGACCACUUUCUGAACAGCGAGCACAAGGAGAUCCGGAUGGAGGCAGCCCGCACGUGCUCCCGCCUGCUCACCCCCUCCAUCCACCUCAUCAGUGGCCAUGCCCACGUGGUCAGCCAGACAGCAGUGCAGGUCGUGGCUGAUGUUCUCAGCAAGCUGCUCGUGGUUGGAAUAACUGACCCAGACCCCGAUAUCCGUUUCUGCGUGUUGGCCUCUCUGGAUGAGCGCUUUGAUGCUCACCUUGCCCAGGCAGAAAACCUGCAAGCUCUUUUUGUGGCCCUGAAUGACCAAGUGUUUGAAAUCCGAGAGCUGGCCAUCUGCACUGUGGGUCGCCUGAGCAGCAUGAACCCUGCUUUUGUCAUGCCUUUCCUGCGCAAGAUGCUGAUCCAGAUUCUAACAGAGCUGGAGCACAGUGGUGUUGGCAGGAUUAAAGAGCAAAGUGCCAGGAUGUUGGGUCACCUUGUUUCUAAUGCUCCACGCCUCAUUCGUCCAUAUAUGGAGCCUAUCCUUAAGGCACUGAUUGUGAAACUGAAGGAUCCUGACCCAGAUCCAAAUCCAGGGGUGAUUAAUAAUGUCCUGGCUACCAUAGGGGAGCUUGCACAGGUCAGUGGGCUGGAAAUGAGGAAGUGGGUGGAUGAGCUGUUCAUUAUCAUUAUGGACAUGCUACAGGACUCCUCUCUGCUAGCUAAAAGACAAGUGGCUCUUUGGACACUGGGACAGCUGGUGGCCAGCACUGGUUAUGUGGUGGAACCAUACAGGAAGUACCCAACUUUGCUGGAGGUGCUUCUCAACUUCCUGAAAACUGAGCAGAACCAGGGCACCCGGAGAGAGGCUAUUCGUGUGUUAGGGCUGCUAGGUGCUUUGGACCCUUACAAACACAAAGUGAACAUUGGUAUGAUUGAUCAGUCACGAGAUGCUUCAGCCGUCAGCCUCUCAGAGUCCAAAUCCAGCCAGGAUUCCUCGGACUACAGUACCAGCGAGAUGCUGGUGAACAUGGGGAACCUCCCUCUGGAUGAGUUCUAUCCUGCUGUCUCUAUGGUGGCACUGAUGAGGAUUUUCCGAGACCAGUCCCUGUCCCAACACCACACUAUGGUAGUUCAGGCCAUCACCUUUAUUUUCAAAUCUCUUGGGCUGAAGUGUGUGCAGUUCCUGCCCCAGGUCAUGCCAACGUUCCUUAAUGUAAUACGGGUUUGUGAUGGUGCCAUCCGAGAGUUCCUGUUCCAGCAGCUGGGGAUGUUGGUGUCUUUCGUGCGAAGUCAUAUUCGGCCCUAUAUGGAUGAGAUUGUCACCCUGAUGAGAGACUUCUGGGUCAUGAACAACUCCAUACAGAGCACCAUUAUCCUGCUUAUCGAGCAAAUUGUGGUAGCUCUGGGAGGUGAAUUCAAGCUUUAUCUGCCUCAGCUCAUUCCUCACAUGUUACGGGUCUUCAUGCAUGACAAUAGCCAGAGUCGCAUUGUCUCUGUCAAGCUGUUGAAUGCGAUCCAGCUCUUUGGAGCUAACCUGGAUGACUACCUUCAUUUGUUACUACCUCCCAUUGUAAAGCUCUUUGAUGCCCCUGAUGUCCCAGUGGUGGCUCGCAAAGCUGCUCUGGAAACAGUGGACCGCCUGACCGAGUCCCUGGAUUUCACUGAUUAUGCUUCAAGGAUUAUUCAUCCCAUCGUGCGAACGCUAGACCAGAGCCCUGAGCUACGAACCACUGCCAUGGACACCCUCUCCUCCCUGGUGUUCCAGCUGGGAAAGAAGGUAACAGUCUUCUUAG